AGUUGAACCCUGAAUUGAGGUCACUCGGGAUGAUGGCCAGAAGUUACCAUUUUUCCCAGAACACACAGGAGAAGCUUGGUGUACUUUGGGCCUUCUACGACACUCUGGGACAGGGAACCCUGUGGCACCAUCUCUGCAAGGGAUCAGACUUGCAGAUCCCCUGCAAUGUUACCUUCAUCUUGGCAGAUUUGGUCUCUUCUGAGCAACUUGCAGCCUCUGGGUGACCGGGACAUUGAAUUUGGUGGACAGUGACCAUUCGCUCCCUGGGAUCGCAGCUGCCCUUGCUUUCCUCACCCCCUCCCGCACUCCCCUUCCCUCCGACAGAACUCCAGGGCAUUGUGGUAUUGCUAUGGAGCCCAGGGAGACUUUGAGCAGCUCCCGGCAGAGAGGAGGCGAGGCAGACUUUCUGCCUGCUGCUGUCACCUCCACGAAGCCUCCUCCUGUCUCUGGCUGCGCAGGGGAGACGAUGCUGCCUGCGGCAGGCUCGGGGAAAGGGAUCCCGGUGAGCAGUGAGAGGCUGGAGCCAGAGGAAGAGGAUGAGCUGGGUUCCGGAAGAGACGUGGAUUCCACUUCCAACGCAGACAGCGAGAAGUGGGUGGCGGGAGACGGCCUGGAGGAGCAGGAGUUUUCCAUCAAGGAGGCAAACUUCACAGAGGGGAGUUUAAAGCUAAAGAUCCAGACCACCAAGAGAGCGAAGAAGCCCCCAAAGAACUUGGAGAACUAUAUCUGCCCUCCCGAGAUCAAAAUCACCAUCAAGCAGUCUGGGGAGCAGAAGCUUUCCAGAACUGGGAAAAAUAGCAAAACAGCUAAAGAGGAGGACAGAUCACACUCCAAAAAGAAGGGAAAAGUCAUUGGAGAUGCAAAACUGCUUAUGAGUUGUGGUUGCAGAAAAGGGAAAAAUUCUCAAGUGAAAGACUCAGAUCAGAGUCAGAUGAAGAAUCUGGGAAGAGAGUGUGGGUUCCCUGUGCAGAGUCCAGUGACGAAAUCCGUGAACAAGGUUUAUGACAGGCCACAAAAACAUUCUGCUCUGCACUACGAUCCGGGCCUCCAACAAGACUUCACCAGUGACACCUUAAAAUCAAAGCACCAGCAGAAAAGUAGCAACCAGCACCACCUUGACUGGUCAGCGAGCCCCGAUACCGGAUCCGCUUCUCAGAGUUGCUUCAUCAACACAGAACCUGGCAGGGAAGCUGUUAGUGCCACCAAGGUCUCUGCUCUGGAGCCAGGAGUUCCCUUCAGUAAAUCCCAGGCCAAGAAAUCCUGCAGCAGCAGCACGUGGGGGCAGCUGUCAGUCAGUAGUAAAGAGCUUGGUAUUUGCAGUGCAGUCCCGUCGCCCAGCGGCAUCAGCAUGGCCGCCCAGCCCAGCAGCGCCUCCGACUGCAGUGGGCUUUUGCCCCUUGGGGAUCCAGAGGGAGGCGUGCAGCUGGAGGCCCCUGACCAGCCCGCUGGAAGCACGAAGAAGAAGUCCAACAAAAAGGACUUGAUAAGUCAGACCGUCCAAACCACGGACAUGGAGUGGGUGAAGAGUGCCCAGAAAGCAUUUGACAGCAAAUCCCAUGACAGCAUGGAAGGGAAAAAGGAGUCUUACUCGAUGGACAGUGUGUUGGAUACAUCACCCUCAAAGCAGAAUCCCAUUUCUGCUAGCAGUUGUGAAAGUGACACCAGUCAUGUACGAAUUACUAUCCCAAUAAAGUCUCCGACGACAGAUGCAUCUGGCCACAAAAGGAAAAAAAGGCAAUCCAUAAAAUCUUCUAUAGAGAAAACUAUCCAGGAGAAAAGCCUGUCUUCUGUACUUACUAUGAGCAGUGAGAUAGCAAGCAGGACUAGCUCUCAAUCAGAGGCGAGCAAAAAAGAUCUUCGAGCCACAAAACCAGGGAAAGUGAUAGAAAAUGAGUCCCCCUUAGUAUCAAUUGACAGCAGUGUGUUCACUGACAAAGCUUCCCCCAACAGUGCCGCCAGAGUCAGGAAACCUCUACCAGUGACAUCCACUCUCCUGCCCACCGACCUUUCCACAGCUGGCAAAUUACCUGAAGUCCAGCACCCCAAACACGCAGCUAAGCGGCGAUGGACCUGCAGCAAACCUAAAUCUAUCCUUCGGGAGACCUCCAUGACAACAUCUGAGAAACUGAUGGUGGAGCCUCCCUCAGCCUAUCCCAUCACACCAUCCAGCCCUCUGUACACCAAUACAGACAGUCUUACUGUGAUCACACCUGUCAAGAAAAAAAGAGGACGACCAAAGAAACAGCCUUUGCUCACUGUUGAAACCAUUCACGAGGGAACCUCCACCAGCCCAGUGAGUCCAAUCAAUCAUGAAUUUCCAGGAACAAAGAAAAGGAAGAGGAGAAGGAACCUGGCCAAGUUGGCCCAGAUGGUCCCAGGAGAGGACAAGUCCAUCAGUGAACUCAAGUUUCACAAAAAGGUCGGGAAGCUUGGGGUCUUGGAUAAGAAGACCAUCAAGACCAUUAAUAAAAUGAAAACCCUCAAGAGGAAGAAUAUUCUCAAUCAGAUCUUGUCCUCCUGCUCCAGCAGCAUAGCUCUGAAAGCAAAAGUCCAGCCACCAUCUAGUGCUGGGCCAACCACCAUUGAUGCCAGACUAGGGAAGCAGAUCAAUGUUAGCAAGAGGGGGACUAUCUACAUUGGUAAAAAACGAGGCAGAAAGCCAAGGGCAGAGCUGCAGACUCAGCCAGAAGAACCUAAGACAGCCAUCAAGCACUCAAGGCCUGUUUCCAGCCAGCCAGAAAACCCAGCAGUGCCUUCCAACCUGCAGUCACUUGUGGCAUCGUCACCAGCAGCUAUUCAUCCGCUUUCAACACAGUUAGUGGGGACUAACGGCAACCUUAGCCCUGCAAGCACUGAAACAAAUUUUUCAGAGUUAAAAACUAUGCCAAAUCUUCAACCUAUCAGUGCUCUUCCUACAAAAACCCAGAAAGGAAUGCACAGUGGAACUUGGAAGCUGUCUCCGCCCAGGCUAAUGGCUAAUUCACCUUCCCACCUCUGUGAAAUAGGUUCUCUGAAAGAAGUCACGCUGUCGCCAGUGAGCGAGUCUCACAGCGAGGAAACCAUCCCGAGCGACAGUGGGAUAGGUACAGACAACAACAGCACCUCUGAUCAAGCCGAGAAAAGCUCAGAAUCCCGCCGGAGAUACUCCUUUGAUUUCUGCACCCUGGACAAUCCAGAGGCUAUCCCAUCUGACACCAGCACAAAGAACAGGCAUGGUCACCGGCAGAAGCAUCUCAUUGUGGAUAACUUUCUCUCUCAUGAGAGUAUUAAAAAGCCAAAGCACAAGAGGAAAAGGAAAAGCCUGCAGAACAGAGAUGACCUCCAGUUUCUGGCAGACCUUGAGGAACUCAUCAAUAAGUUCCAAGUGUUCAGGAUUUCCCAUAGAAGCUAUACAUUUUAUCAUGAAAAUCCAUAUCCCAGCAUCUUCAGGAUUAAUUUUGAUCACUACUACCCUGUGCCAUAUAUCCAGUAUGACCCAUUGCUCUAUCUUCGCAGGACCUCUGACAUGAAGUCAAAGAAGAAGCGUGGUAGACCUGCCAAAACCAAUGACACCAUGACAAAGGUGCCUUUUUUACAAGGGUUCGGUUACCCUAUUCCCAGUGGGAGUUACUAUGCACCCUAUGGAAUGCCUUACACAUCAAUGCCUAUGAUGAAUCUUGGUUACUACGGUCAGUAUCCAGCUCCUUUGUACCUGUCUCACACGCUCGGAGCGGCUUCCCCAUUUAUGAGACCUACCGUGCCCCCACCCCAGUUCCAUGCAAGCUCUCAUAUGAAGAUGUCCACCACUGCCAAACACAAAGCAAAACACGGAGUGCACCUACAAACCCCUGUGGGAAUGGGCCUUGGAGACAUGCAGUCCCCUUUAGCUCCUCCAAAGGUCGGAGGGACGAGCCUCUCAAGUGGCCGGCUUCACAAAAGGAAACACAAACAUAAGCACAAGCAUAAGGAUGAGCGGAUAUUGGGGACACAUGAAGAUCUGAGUGGUCUCUUCGCCGGCAAGUCCACUGGCUUCUCCAGCCAUGCCAUGAAUGAAAGGCUGAGUGGCUCAGACAAAGACCUCUCCUUGCUCAACGAGAAAAGCAAGCAUAAGGAGAAGCAGAAGCACCAGCAUUGUGAAACCGGGCACAAAGGCUCAAAGAGUAACUUUGAAGUGGACACGCUGUCUACGUUAUCACUUUCUGAUACCCAGCAGUGGUCACAGAGUAAAGAUAAAAACGACUCGAGCAGUGAUCCCAUUGACUCUUGCACAAAGAGAUACUCUGGUAAUACUGAGAGUAAUGGAAGGUCAGAGUCCCUGGACAUGUUUGGUGAAAUGAAUUCCUCAAGUGAGAAGCGAGACAAUGAUGCAAGUGGGAAUAAAAGAAGAAGCUUUGAAGGGUUUGGAACUUACAGGGAAAAGGACAUUCAGCCCUUCAGGACAAAUAAGAAGGACAGAAGUAGUUAUGAUUCUUCAGCCUCUUCAGGUAUUGCAGGUCCCCACUUAAAAGCAGACCAGACUUCACUUCAUGGUAAAAUGGAAAGUUCUGCCUGUAACGUGAUGACCAGAAGGAAACCAGCAGCUGUUGACAGUGUUGCAAUGCCGAGUCCAGUAUUAUCUCUCCUACCUUCAUCAGCAGCAACAUCUGAAGCAGCCAGCUCACCACUGAAGAAAAGGUUCAAGCGCCGUGAAAUCGAAGCAAUCCAGUGCGAGGUGCGCAAGAUGUGCAACUACACCAAGAUCCUGUCCACGAAGAAGAACCUGGAUCAUGUGAACAAGAUCCUGAAAGCCAAGCGGCUGCAGAGACAAUCAAAGACAGGCAAUAACUUCGUCAAGAAGCGGAGGGGUCGUCCUCGGAAGCAGCCCCUUUCCUUCGACGAAGACUCCAGAGACCAAAUGCCCGUUCUGGAAAAAUGCAUUGACCUUCCCAGCAAAAGAGGUCAGAGACCAACACUCAAUCCUUUGAUAUUGGAGCAAGCAGCCACUCAAGAUACUAUCAUGGCCACCAUCGAGGCUGUCAUACAUAUGGCUCGAGAGACACCACCCCUGCCGCCUCCUCUUCCUCCUCCACCCCCUCCACUCCCUCUCCCUCUACCCCGGGCGCCCCGGGUUGGGAAAAGAAAAAACAAGUCCCCUCAGGAGGAGGAGGAGGACGUGAAAGUGAAGCGGUACCGGAAGGGCAGGGGGAGCGAAAGCGAAGGCCUUCCCUAAGGCCGGGGCACCUCGUCGGACGUCAAGGUGCCAGUGGCGGAGCACGCCAGGGCGGAGGGAUGGGAGGCGCGCUGUCUGUUUGGCCCCUUCGGCAGCACCGGACUCACCCGUCCCUCCAGCAACCAGAACUCACUGCAGAGAGCUCUGCCAGCCGGGGCGUGCAUCUUCCUCUUCAUCGCUUUGACCCAAGCCCGCCCUCCAAGGGAAGAGGGGGAAAGGGUGCGGGGAAAGGUGGGGGAUAGAGGGGAGGGGGAUGUGUGUGAAAGCUGGUAAAAAAAAAAAAAAAAUCUACUCUGCAGAGUUUCCAAAACUUAUCUGAAUCUCAGCAUUGCUGUUCUCGUACCGUACCCGGAGGCGGGAGGUCAUCCUCGCAGGGAGCUGAACGUUGUCGCUAGGGGCGGCGUGCUCGACUCUGAUUCUGUUUAGCAGGCCAGGUGAAACUAAAAGUAACUUUACCAUAGCA